GUCCCCGCCCAGUGCCGUCACGGCUCUUUGUCCUCGCUCGCGGCCUCUCUGGCGCCGUUUGGCCUUCCUGCCUGGCGGCGCCUGCGCAGUCGCGUCCAAAGUGGUUGCUAGGAGAUUAAAGUGGCCCUAGUGAUGGAGCCGGAAUAAAUUUGCUCAAGAGGGCAGGAUGCCGCACAAGGUUGGGUUCACUGUUGUAAGUUCAUCGGGACAUGAGGAUGGCUUCAGUGCAAAAGAACUGAUGGUCCACGCACCAACCGUGAAUGGAUGGAGGUCACCAAGGCUCUGCCAGUAUCCUCAAGAAAUUGUCCUGCAGAUGGUGGAGCGAUGUAGAAUUCGAAAACUGCAGCUGCUGGCUCACCAGUAUAUGAUCUCCAGCAAAAUCGAGUUCUAUAUCAGCGACAACUUGCCUGAGUACUUUGCACCGUACAAGUCAGAGAGGUUCCGGAGACUGGGUUAUGUCUCUCUCUCGGAUAACGAAAAGACGAGCUACAGAGCCCGAGAGCUGAAAUCGGUCUACGUGGACGCUGUUGGACAGUACCUCAAGUUGACGUUCCACAAAAACUAUGUCAAUAGGUACAACUUGUACAGCCAGGUUGCUCUUGUAGCCAUAAAUAUCAUUGGAGAGGCUGCAGAUUUCAGCAUUGAUAGUUGUCAAGUGUCCCGAGAGAAGCUGAUCGAUCAUUACCUUGGGAACAACCCAGAAGAUUCGGCUUUAGAUGGAACUUACACUGGGAAGCCGGACUCUAUUUCGCCAUUGGACGAUCUGGCCUUUGAUAUGUACCAAGAUCCCGAGGUUGCACAGAUAAUCCGCAAGCUGGACGAGAAGAAGCACGACGCAGUGCGCCAGGAACACUACGACCAUGCCAAGAAACUCAAGCAAGCCAUAGCAGACCUGCAGAAGGUUGGUGAGCGACUGGGCCGCUACGAGGUGGAGAAGCGCUGUGCCGUCGAGCGGGAGGAUUACGACCUGGCCAAACAGAAGAAGCAGCAGAUGGAAGAGUACCGCCUCAAAGUGUACCAGCAGCUGGAGCUACACAACCUCCUUGAUCCAGAUCUGAUGGUCCGACGGCCUCCCGACUUGCCUCUGGACCCACUGGCCUAUCCGGCCAUGUCUCCUCACCACAAGAAAUCUCUGCUCCCUCCUCGCCGGGACAAAUCCGAAGCAGAGCCUGCGGAGCCUUUGCUUCUAGAAAAGCCACCAGAGACCCUUUCCCCCGAGCCCCUCUCGGCCCAGCGCUUCUCUCCUCCGGCCGCCCAGGCCACACCCAUCUCUGCCGACCUUGGGUUUCCAAAAAUAAAUGUCGACGUCAUCCCCUACGACGAGAGGCCUCUCCCCGCCAUCCGGAAGCAGCAGCAGCAGGAGGACGUGUUCGCUUACCUAGAUCCCGAGAUGGCCGAGGAAGACCCGGGUGACACUCCAAGGAGCGGCGUCGUGGGAGAGCCGGAGCCCUUGACGGAGAAAGCGCUGCGGGAGGCCAGCGCGGCCAUUGAAGCGUUUGGGGAAGGGCUGGUUGCCGGGGCCUACUCCAAAACGUGGUCCUAUCGUGAAGACUCGCUCCUCGCGAUCUACAAAAAGAUGAUGGAAGUGUCUCCGAGUACGCCAAAGGAAGACCUGAAGAGCCUGCUUCGGGGUGCCAUCUUUCUCAUCGUGAGAGCCAUCAAAGACAUUGUCUCUUCGGUUUUCCACGCUUCCUUAAAACUCCUCAAAAUGAUCAUCACCCAGUACGUCCCCCGGCAUAAGCUGGGGAAGCAGGAGACCAGCCACUGCGUGGAGAGGACGUUCCCCAACCUGCUUUCCAGGACCGGAGACUCCUCGGCCCGCCUCCGCAUCGCCGCUGCCAACUUCAUCCAGGAGAUGGCUCUGUGCAAUGAGGUGAGGCCCCUCCAGAUCAUCCCUGCCCACCUGGUGCAGCCCCUGAAGCCAAACUCCCCGACGCACCUCUCCAUGAGCCAGGUGGAGCUGGUGGAGCGGCUGCUGAAGGAUCUCGGGACCGACAACACCGGCUUCACCGUCGACAACGUGAUGAGGUUUGCCACAGGCGCUCUGGAGCACCGGGUCUAUGAGGUCCGGGAAACAGCCCUCCGGAUCAUCUUGGACCUCUACCGCCAGCACCGGUCAGCCGUCCUGGAUUACCUCCCUCCCGAUGACGCCAACACCCGCAAGAACGUCCUGUACAAGACACUUUUCGACGGGUUCGCUAAAAUCGACGGCAGACUCACGGAAUCCGAAAUGAGGACGCAGAAGAAGAUGGCCACAGAAGAAGCCGAGAAACAAAAGAAGGAUGAAAUCAAAGCUUUGCAAGGUCAGCUGGCGGCUCUGAAGGAGAUGCAGACAGAAGCUCAAGCAGCAAAGGAGAAAGAGACUGAUUUUCAGAAAUCAAAGAAUCAAGAUGACACCUUCAAAAGCACAACCGAAUGUGCGGAAGAGCAAUCUUCUGUCGCGAAUUACCUUGACAACCUUUGCAUCUUCUGUGGCGAAAGGGACGACGCCUUCACCGAGGAAGGACUGGACCUCCACUACUGGAAGCAUUGCCCCAUGCUAACAAGAUGCGACUUCUGCAAGCAGGUUGUCGAAAUUGCCAGCCUGACGGAGCACUUGCUGACCGAGUGCGAGAAGAAGGACGGCUUUGGCAAGUGUCCGCGCUGCUGUGAAGCCCUUCCGAAGGACGAGCUGCCCCGGCACGUCAAGGCAAAGGCCUGCAACCCCUCCAAACCUGAGAAAGUGGCCAACCACUGUCCCUUGUGCCACGAGAACUUCACCCCGGGAGAAGAGGCCUGGAAGACGCACCUGAUGGGCAGAGACGGCUGCCGCCUGAACCUGCGGCGGACGCAGGUCUUGAACAAGAGCCUCCCGACACAGUCAGUCGCUGGCAGGCCCGCUGCGCCGCUCAACCGCUCUGGCCCGGCAGGCGCGAAGCUCCGCUCCCCCUCAGUCGGAAGCAAGAUCCCCACCCCGCGAGGAGGCUUGAAUAAAAACACUAGCAGAACGUACGCCAAGCGAUGACGUGGAUCUCUUCUUCGCCCGAGAACCUGUUGGCGGGUGACAACAGUGGUGCCCCUCCCUGUCCCUUGGCCAGAUCACAAACGCCGGCCGGCCGGCCUUUUCUCUCUCUCUUUACGACCACAGGUUGGUUGGUUGCAUCCAUCCAUCUAUCCAUCCACAGUGGUGCUUCGGUGCAGCACUGUGCUGGGCCUUUAAUCCCACAUCCCUUGCUCCUUCUCCCAUGCAGAAAAGCACGGGGAGAAGGAAGUGAAGCCAUACCCCUUCCUUGUUCCUCUUGCCCUCUGAUAUCCAUUUAGUUCCUCUGGUUUCAGUGGAAUGUACCAUAAAAGUCUCACCUGGAUUCCCAAACACAUUUUCCAGUCACGGUACGGACGCAAGCGGUUGGAACAUGAGAUGAGACUCCUUUCUUUCUCAGGAUGAUACACAACCUCUAUCUGUCUUCCUUUUCUCUGCUCUCUCCAAACAAGGCCGUGGCUUCUGUACAGUUUGCAGAUAUUGUGUGCCAUUAGCACUGCAUCCGACUUGAGCUCAUAGCAGCCCAGCUUCUUUUGCAGUUGUCCAAGGGCUAACUCAGAAGCCAAGAGAAACCAUGGGUUAGAUACAGUUCGCAGUUACCAUGUUGCCCCCACCAACCUAGUUACUGGUUUUGAUGCCUUUUUUCAAAAGCAAUUCUGCUUUUAACAGAGGUUAACAUUGCACACGAUGGAUACAAAUGAGCAAUACUCCACAAAAGCUGAUGCAAUACUAGACAUGUUAGACUUUAAGGUGCCAACCAGUUGUUUUUGCCACAGGGCUGUUUCCAGAAGGUAAGAGUUCCUCACCAAAGAAUCUUCUGCUUGAGAAGUUUCCUCUGGACAUUUUAAAGCAGAGGUUGGAUGGACAUCUGUUGGGAGUGCUUUGAUUGUGUCUUCCUUCACGGUAGAAUGGGGUUGUGCUGAAUGGAGUUGCUUCCCAAUGUAGGAUUCUGAUUCUAUUUCCAGUUUUGGAGCCAAAAAAUAACCACAUGAAGGACUGCGGGUGUGGAAAUCCAGCCGUGGGAAAAGGGCUUCAUUGCCCCACAUUAAGUUAUUCACUCCGUCUUUCAAAUGACCCCUAAACUUGUUAAGUAAGUUCCCCUGGAGACGUGUUUGCAGGCUGGGAGAAAGCCAUACAUUUGCAGUUUUGAUAUGGGUCUUCUCCUUCCCAAAUUGGGCCGCCGUCUCUGCUUUGGGUGCUGUUGGGAAAAGACGGGGUCCAAAGCCUCCUUUGUAGUUUUGCCAACGCCAUUUACCUUAUGAGCCACCUUGCAUCUCAAUCGAGGUAAAAUGCUAACGGCAUCAACAACAGCAGCAGCUUAGUCACUGUUGGCGAUCCCUGGACUUCACAAAUGGGGGUCCAGAGGAGUUUGGGGUUUGUUUUUUUUGCAAGCACCUUUGUUUAAUAAAAAAAUGGUCUAUAUUUGGAAAA